AUGGCCUCCUCUUCCAUUUUUCAUCCUCUCCUCCGACGCGCAGUCAGAUCCUCACGUCUGUCUUCCUGCACACUCGUUCUAUCCUCUAUUCGCUCCAGAGUCGGCCCGUCAUCGACUACGCCGGCCAUGUCGGUCCUUUCACGUAUGAUAUCAUCGCUUCCCCGCCUGCCGAUUCUCGAGGCCAUCGCUAGCCAUGAUCCGGAAUCGACAGCUGUUGUCCAUUCUAUCUCUGGGCGUGAAUUUAAGUAUGGCAGUUUACUCGGCGAUGUGCGAAGAGCAAGGGACAAGUUAGAAGCCGCGGCACCGAGUAGCGGCCUCGGCGGCGAGCGCGUUGCAUUUCUGGUGGAAAACAGCUACGACUAUAUCGUAACAUUACUGGCCAUCAUGGCUGCCCGUGCCAUUGCGCUGCCGCUCUCUCCGGCAUUCCCCGCACCUGAACUACAGUAUAUCCUCAACCAGAGCCAAGCGUCGAUAUUAGUAUCGUCUCCAAAGUUCUCCACCAAAGCAGAGGAGGUAUUAAAAACAGGGCUUGAUUCUGUGCCUACACAUCUGCUCCUGGAGAAGCAUCUUCAAAGUAGCGAGCAUGAGGCUGUUCCACUGGAGGGUGAAAACGCCGGUUCCUCGGGGCUGAUGCUUUACACUUCGGGCACCACCAACCGUCCUGUAAGUCUUUAUGUCUAG